AUGCCGUUGAAACCAUUUACCUACCCGUUGCCUGAAACAAGGUUUCUUCAUGCAGGCGGGCUUGUGUACAAAUUUAAAAUCCGGUAUGGCAACUUUGGCAGCGCUCCUGAUCGCGACACCACCGAAAGUGCUGCCAAGGAGUUAGAGGAAGCGAUUCGAGUAAUCCUUGGGAAUCUCGAUGAUUUGCAUCCGUUUUCUACAGACCACUUCACUAUCUUCCCGUAUUUGAGUAAAUGGGAGAGAGUAUCGAAGAUGAGAUUCAGGCAUGAGGGUGCCCAUCUUGUGCCUUAUCCCUACAUCUGCACGAUGUAUCUGGAACUCAACUCGUUUCAGCAAAGCGUAUCCUGUGGUAAAGAAGUAAACAAGGGCAGUGGUGAGCUUGUCAAGAGACGAAAUGAAGCGUCAGGAAGCAGCGGCGUGGUGAAGAGGAGACGAGUGGAAGUGGGAGCAGAGAGCUCAUGCCCAGAGCCGGGAAUGGGCAGGAAAAGUGGAACUCUCCCGAAUGAAUCAUCAACUCGGCAAAUACCAGUUCAGAAUUCCUUCAAAGAAAAUGCGCCUGAGUUCAGUCCAGCAUCCUCUGCCGUGGGCUGUAGCCCAGUGAGUUUCUGGGGACCUGCAGAGUCCAACCGUGGACAAAGAAGAGCGACCGACCAGGCUGAGGGCACCAGGCAGCUCCUGCAGCAAAUGGACCCCAUGGCAAACAAAGGAACCGUGGAGUCAGAAGGAAGAGGCCUCUCAAAGUUCUGGAGAAGCAUAAUCUUUUUGCCACUGCAGCAUCUUUUUGGUGGGAAGAACUGA